AUGUCUAAUACACCAGAUUCUUCCUCUUUUUUGUUUACAUGCCUCCCGGCCCUACAAGCAAUCUGCAACGUUUCCGAGCAACGAGGGAAAGAACUUUUGGAAGCAACAAAUGGAUCUUUGGAAAGAGCUGUCGACUUACACCUUCAUCAGGCAAGAGACGAGAAACAAGGGUUGAAUCCAACAAGAAGCCAUGGGGCCCCUCCAUCUGCAAACGAAAGUGAUACAGAUGAGAGCAAAAAACGAGUGAUCGCACGCGUCUCUUCCACAGACUCUCCAAAGAAGCGGUUGAAGGAUGGUCAAAUUCAUUCGUUUUUUAAGAGUAAUAGACACAAACCAUCGCCAACAGUGCCAUCAUCGAUCAAAGCCAUAGGCGACGUCUGCAACUCUGGUGGUAUGAGUAGCAUCAAAUGUUCCACCCAAAAAUCAUCAAUCGCGCCCACGAAAACGAAAAGUAAGGAAAGUCAUCAUCCCGUUGAAGCUUCUCUUGAAAUGUCGUUUGAAAACCUAGCAAACACUCUGCAAAAGGCGUCUGACACAACAAAAAGAACAUUAAAGCUGAAGGCACUGAAGGAUUUCAUUUCAGGCUAUGUACAUGAGUCCGAUGAAAGAAGAGCCGCCUUUAGGUUGACAGGUGCGCUAUCUAUUGUUUUGGGCAACCCUGUCGAAGAAAGCCUUGGGGUUAGUGGUAGAACAGUAUCUUCUGCGUUACAAGAUUCACUGGGAGUUUCAUCGAGGCAAUUAUCAAAGGGAUAUCGACAGUAUGGGGACUUAGGAGAUUCUGCAGCCAGCUUCUUUCAAUCGAAGAAAUAUUUUGUAUCUCACAAUCCUCUGCAGAGCGUCUCAGUUGUCGAAGUACUCAACGCUCUGAGAAAGGUCACAGUUGCGGAAGGAAAGAAUGCAAAGAAAUCCAUUGUUUCCAAACUAUUGCGUUUGUGUCAAAGUAGAAAUGAGGUCCGCUUCAUGGUUCGCUUGCUCAUCGGAAACAUGAGAAUCGGUUGCAAUAUGAAGACAGUGCUUGCAGCUAUUGCAAUGGCAUUUCAAUCCCAUUCAAAAGAAAAAGAUUUCACUGCAAAAGAAAAAGAUUUCACUGAAAAAGCUGCGAUCCAGCUGGUCCAAAAGACUCACGAUAUCUGCCCUAAUUUAGAAAAAAUCCUUCGAGCUUUGCUUCUAGGUGGGUUCGAAAAAAUGGAAAAUGAUUGCAAAAUGCAGUUAUUCACUCCAAUCGCCCCAAUGCUGGCGACUCCAACUCAUUCAAUAGCCGAAAUUGACCAAGCGAUGACAAAGCUGCAAAAAAGUGCUAUUUUGGAAUGGAAAUAUGAUGGUGUCAGGUGUCAAGCACAUUUUGGUGAUGGGAAUGCAGCCAAGUGUAGUUUAUAUUCCCGCCAUUUGCUUGAAACAACCGCGCAGUAUCCAGAUGCUGUUCGUGGUAUUCUUGAUGCAAGAAAUAAAUCCAAAGAAGUGCAUUCUUUCAUAAUUGACGCUGAAAUUGUUGCUGUGGAAGGCACUCGAUUAUUGCCAUUUCAAGAUUUGGCAACCAGGAAGAAAAAGGAUGACGGCACUGGCGUGAAAAUCAAAGUAUUUUGUUUCGAUCUCAUGUACUUGGAUGGUAAAUCGUGCGUGGCGCUUCCAUUGUGGAAGCGACGGGAUCUCCUUCGAGAGCAUUUCAAUGAAACCCAUGAUUUUGCAUUUGUUUCAUCCAAAAUAUUGCAAACCUUUGACGAACAUGCAGUUACAGACUAUCUUGGCGAAUCAAUGCGUCAGGGUACAGAGGGGCUAAUGGUGAAAAUGUUGGGAGGCGACUACGAAGCUGGAACUCGGAGUCAAAGCUGGCUGAAAGUGAAGGGGGAUUAUGUUGAAGGAUUCGCUGACACCAUUGAUGUUGUACCUAUCGGAGCAUGGCAUGGAACCGGCAGAAAAGCUGAAAAAGGCUUUCUAUCGCCCAUUCUACUUGCAGUCUACGAUGAAGAUGAAGAUGUAUACAGAUCGAUAUGUCGCUGCAUGACAUUUACUGAUACAAUGUAUACAGCCAUGCGAAAUUUUUAUCAGCAUGGAAUUCCCUAUCCAUCAGAUCUUUCGCCUAUUGAAAAUGAGACUAACAAAAAAAUAGGCACUCAAGACAGCGAAGACGAGGGCCUGCAAGACCCUUCAUUUGCAGCAGUGGCAGACUCAAAAGACUCUUCAGAAGAGGAGCUUCUCGACGAUGUAUCAAGCAACUGUUUUGCAAAUCGACCAACGUCUGCAUUCAUUGUUACCAACGAGCAACCACCACUCUGGUUCAAGCCUGUUGAAGUGUGGGAAAUCUCCUUUGCUGACAUGUCGUUGUCUCGUCAGCACACCGCGGGAGCGGGGUUUGUCCCUGACCCUGAUGGGAGGGGCAUUGCUCUACGCUUCCCUCGUUUCAAAAGGCGAAGGCCGGAUAAAGCCCCCUGGUCUGCCACCACUUCCGCUCAAAUAGCUGCCAUGUUUUUGAACCAAGCGAAACAGAUGAAAUCUUCAGCCAGAUAG